AUGGGACCGCGAAAGCGAGCAAAACCGAACCCCAAAGACGAAUCUGACGCGAAACCCACCGCUCAAAAUGGAGACGUGGAGUCCAAGGCAUCAGAACAGGAGACUAGUGCUUCCCUUAUAAGUGGCUUCCCUAACUCGACCUCUGGUGAAGAAUACCGCAAAACUUCCGAGAAUGGUGGAACAAAUACCCCGAAAUCGGCCAAGUCAUGGUACGGCGGGAGUUGGCCUCGUGGAAAUAAAUCUACACCAGUCGCACAAGUAGCAAAAGAAAGUAUCUCAGCGGUAGCCUCAGAGGUGGUAGCAUCUGCAAGAGCUCGAACACCUCCGUUGCCAUCGACACCGUUACGGAACACGCUCGGACGACAGGCGUCACACGGAAUAAACAAGCCGUCACCUCUCAGUGCAGAAACUACAAGGCUCAAUGUCACCGCAAAUGGUGGAACUUCGGCGAAGGGUCUCUUUGAAAACGUAGGCAUCAACGAUAAACAUGUCGACACGGCGAAGAUCAAUGCCGAGUCUGAGCGCGAUGCUAAAAACACAGCUGCUGGAGAUGCCGAAGUGAAUGAGGUCACAGUUCAAGAUGCGAAAUCAUCUGCCAUUCCGAACGACCAAGAAAGGAGGUCUUCUGGCGAGCCAAAGAAAGGCCGUGAAUCAGGUAAUUGGCUUCUGUGGUUUUCUAAAAUAGAACAAGCCAGAUCCUUGGAUGAUGGAGGCGAUAGUUGCCAAAGUGGACCUGGUUUUCAAGCUAAAGGCUGGAAUGACCCACCUCGAAUUUUUCAACAAAAUGACGCGGAUUCGAAAGCACAGCCCAAUUUGAGGCAGGAUUCGAUUACCCCACCAAAACCUGAGACCACUACAAGCGUGAGUCAAGACCGAAAACGGUCAUGGUUAGGCCUGUGGGGUAACAAUACAACUCCAACCCCGACGGGCUCUGCGUCCACUACGGCAGGCACUCCGCAAAAUGCUCUUGGUAAGGUGGAAAGUCCGACUCAGGUUGCCUCAACAACAGAAGGUAACAAUGAAUACCAAAAACCAAAAAACCCGUCAACUGCCGAUGCCGAUGAUUCAAUGAAGGCUUCCAGUUGGGCUUUCUGGACAAGAGAGACUGGUACUAAGCAACCUGGUAACACCACUGGCGAACUUGCAUUAGCCGGAUCGCCUUCUCAAAGCAAGCCUGAAAAGGAUACUGUUGACGAAGCCAAAGGAAUUCCAGUGAAAGUUGAAAAACGCCAAAACGCUUCAAACUUGGAAGCUUCAAAUGGUACGAGCAAGCCAGAUAAGGCCUCUCAAAUCAUCAAGGAAGCUGAGCAGCCGAAUGGACAAGUUGUACGAAAAGCGAGUAAGAAAGUGAAAGAUUUCGAAAGUCAAGCCAAAAAAGAGCCGCCCAACCUACUUCUUCCCUCCUUUUUGAGUACUUACGGAACCACGAAUAAAACUAGCUUAAUACAGCAAAUUGGUCAAUGGCUUCCUUUUGCAGCUCCAUUCAAUCAUCCUCGCCAUCUUGAACCGCUGAACAAUCCCAUAAAAGUCAAAAAGGCCCUUGUGAUUGGUGUGCAUGGCUUCUUUCCGACUCCCUUGGUCCGCUCACUUCUAGGACAACCCACAGGCACAUCCUUGAAGUUCGCCAAUAUGGGUGCUAGUGCGAUCCAACAUUGGACACAAGCUCAGGGUUAUUCAUGUGAAAUUGACAAGGUUGCAUUGGAAGGUGAAGGCAAAAUAGCCUACCGGAUCGAGACCUUAUGGAAUUUGCUGCUCAAUUGGAUCGAUAAGAUUCGAAAAGCCGAUUUUAUUUUUGUCGCUUGUCACAGUCAAGGUUGCCCGGUGGCCUUAAUGCUAGUCGCAAAGCUCAUCUCCUUUGGCUGCGUCUCGUCUGCUCGUAUUGGAGUGUGUGCUAUGGCCGGUGUCAAUCAGGGUCCCUUCAUCGAUUAUAAAAAUCGCUGGAUUGGCGCGACUGCUCUCGAGCUCUUCGAAUUCGCAAGACCAGAUAGCAAGGUUUCAAAGGACUAUGAAGCAUCACUAGCCAGUGCUCUCAAAUUUGGAGUGAAGGUUCUCUAUGUGGGGAGUAUCGAUGACCAGCUUGUGUCUUUAGAGUCUUCUACUUUUGGUACUAUUCACCAUCCCAACAUCUAUCGGGCCGUCUUCGUUGAUGGCCGGGUCCAUGCCCCAGACUUCUUGACUCAUCUAGUGGGAUUUGCCCUCAAACUUCGCAACCUUGGUAUCUCAGACCAUGGACUCAUCCGGGAGCUUAGCUCGCCCCUUGCUGGAAGCCUUUACAGCGGUGAAGGCCACUCUCGCAUCUACGAAGAUGAAGCUGUGUAUCAUCUUGCUAUCGAGCAUACCCUAGCUACGACAUUAGUUGGCACAAUACCCUUACACGUCCAGGGUGAAGGUUCUGCGUCAGGUCAGAAUCCCUACAUCUUGCCGUUCGCCAUGAGGGGACUAUUGGAGGAGCAUUUCGUGCGGACAGAAUUGUAUAGCGAGACCACAGACUUAAUCCACAAGUUUGAUGACUGGAAGCCACAUAGUAAAGUGUUGAAAGACGUCAAGUUUAGAUUAGAAGGUGUCAGGUCGAAGCUGUGA